AUGGGAUACCCAAAGGUUGGGGGAGGUAUUAUCCCCGAAAUCAUCUCCUCCAUCUCGAAGUUGGUGGUCCCAAGCGGGGAAAGGGGGGCAGAGGCGGUCUGGAUGCCGACAACAACUGUGAAGUUCACCUUAUCCUCAGCAUAUCAAGAGGUCCAACAAGCUCAGAAUAGGUCCUUUGUUUACUCUCACCGUUGGCGACCGAAUCUUCCUGUUAAAGUCUCCUUUCUGAUGUUGCGCUUGAUGAGGGGAAGGUUACCUCUGGACAAGGUGUUAUGUAACAUAGGGUUUCAGCUGCCAUCCAAGUGUUUCUAUUGUGCAGCUGCUGCAGUGGAGACUAUUGAGCAUGUCUUCUUCACUGGAGGUCUAGCGUUGGAGCUUGCAGCUACAUCAGCACAGGGGCGGUUUCUGUAUGCCACAUUGCCCAGCUGGAUAUGUUGGCACAUUUGGAAGGCGAGAAAUAAAGCAGUGUUCGAGGGAGUUCGGUUACAGGGCAGCGAGGUUUGCCAGGCGAUCUUCAGGGAUGUAAAGGCAGUAUUUGAGAUUCAGUUCCACCAGCUGAUGGAUGUGCACACGUUUCCUGAGCUGUAUGACGCCAUUGCCGUAGCUGCUCCACUGAGGUAUGGCAUCCUCAUUAUGGGAUGGAAGCCUAGUGAAGCUGGCCAGUUGACGCUGAACACGGAUGGGUGCUCCAAAGGGAAUCUGGGGAUGAGUGGUGGAGGCGGAGUGCUUAGAAAUUCCAACGGUGAACUAGUGGUCGCGUUUUCAGCUUUCCUAGGCAAACAGUCGAGCUUACGGGCAGAGGUUUUGGCUUUGUUGGCAGGUGUCCAGCUGUGCGAAGCAAGGAGAAUGGCUACACCCUUUGUUCAGUUGGAUUUUGGGAUCCUAGUGGGCAUCCUUCAACGCCGUUUUCAUUCUCCUUGGUAUGUGCGGAUGGAGGUCGAAGAGAUAUGGCAAAGGGUGGCGGUGGAGAAUGAGGUCUCAUAUUGUGUUCGAGAGGCGAACAAAGUGGCGGAUGCCUUGGCCAACGUGGGGGACACGCACAUCCAGGACUCGCUUCGAAUCUAUGAUAGUUUUCAGGCGAUUCCUGUGUUGGCAAGAGGGGAACUUCGACUUGAUCAAUGGAGAUUACCAGCUAUUAGGAGGGUGAAAAGAAACAUGAGAGGACAAAAUUUGUCAGGUGCUUAG